UGCUAAGCUUGGAGGGGAGUAUUUGGACUUUUGGGGCUUGGCUUCUACUUUAAGCUCAAUAUCUUUCAAUAUUGGUUGGCUGGCACAGAGAGACGGACACGAGAGGAAGAGCAGAGGACCCCACACUGAUAAUACCAAAGCUCUCUUCGCCUCGUCUUCCUAUUUCUUCUCCUCCGCCAUUAAUUAUGCCUUAGAACUUCGAUUGAGUGGUGUUGACUUGACCUCAUCUCAGUUUCUCAUUAGUCUCCACAUUUUCACCCCCCCCCCCCUGUGAACUGUGACCUAUCUCUCGAGUGUCAUCCAUUGCAGGUCUGAUGGAUGGAACUGAUUUGAGUUUUGGAGAUUUUGGUACAAACCUAAUUGAGUUUUGGAGAAUCUUUGACAAAUCCAUUUCAUAUUUGGUCUGUAUUACUUUGUUUAUGCUUCUUAGAUGCAAUAAUUGAGGAGUCUGAGGCAAGCCCAGUUCGGUUCCAGGUCUGAUUCUGUUCAUUUUUUUCUUGCUGAAUUAAAAAUAAGAGUGGGUAUCGAGGAGUUUCAAUGAUUAUUUCAAUUCUGUUGAUUGUCUGUUUUCUCUUCACCUAAAGAUCUGGGAUUGGGUUGUGCCUGUAGUGAAUUAUGCAAUUUAGACAGUGAAGAACAUAGAACUCUGAUCAAAUAUCCACCAAUUGUUAGUCAAAUUACAAUGUUGUCUGAACCCUGUGGCUCGAGCUUUCUCCUUGCUCUGCCGGAUGAUGUGUUUGCCAUAGUAUCCCGGUCCCUCUCUCCGAGGGAUCUAUGUAAUCUCAGUUUAUGCUGCCGGAGUCUGUGCGCCCUCGUGGCCUCUGAAAAGGUCUGGCUCACCCAAUGUGAAAUGAUAGGGGUCGUGCCCCAUAGAGACCUCAUCGAGUGGCGAAAGGGUGUCUCGUCCUACGUGGCACUUUGCCGCUUCCUCAUUUGCAUUCAUCCAUUGAUUGGAAUUUGGGUUCAUCAGAACCCCGAACUUGGCAACGUGGUCUAUGUCAUGCCUGGUUUUGUUUCAGUUGUUGGAUGCCGGAUAAUCCCACAAGAGCUUGGUCCAUUAGGCAUUGAGGAUGGUCCCAUCCUAUGGGCGCCUGUGUUUGAAGUUCUUGGUAAUUAUGACGGUUCCGCCACAUUUUUCCUCCAUGGAAGGGAGAAGGGAAAUGACUAUUUUUAUCCUGGUUCAGUCAAACCUAUUGAGAGGACUUGCAAUGUGCUAUUGCUUGAGGUGGAGGCAUUGCAAGAAGAAAAUGAGGGUAAAUUGUUGCAUAGCAAGAGCUUUGCUCACCAUUCAGAUAAGGAUCUAAGAAAAGUUUGUAGGUCAGAUAUUGGAAUUUCAAGGUCUCAAAGGGUGCUUGAACCGAAUGAGGCGAAGGUGCCAUUUGGUCGACUGGCUUUUUGUGACAGAAGAAAAUUGCUGAAUGUUGCUACCAGCCAAGUUCGUCAAAAGGUUCCGGAUUCUGCAAAUGGGCCACUAUUUCCAGGGUUAAGAGAUGAUGAAGAUAACUUUCAGAAAGAUCUGGCAUUCUUAUUGGAACGGAGAUCACUGCUUAUGGAAAUGUAUAAGUUUGGUGGUCGUCUAAUUGAUUGGAAGGCAAUUCCUGAACUGCCAUCUGAUCCUACCCAGUUGGAAUUGAGCCAGAUUAGAAAGAGUCUUGAUCGUCCAAGUGGUUAUAGCAAUUCCCUUAAUUGUGAUGAUGAUGGUCACGUACAAUGCACCAAGAGAAAAACUCUUCGUGGCUACUUUAAGAAUAGCCUUAAACAGUUCCUGGGGAGGUCCAGCUCAAUUAAUGUUGGGAAUGCAAUUUCAAAGAAUGGUUCUUCAAGCGGCGGGAAUAAGCAUGCACAACUUCACGAGUUUUUGACGUCAGGUGAUGCAAUAAGACUUGCAUUACAUGCAUCCACUAUCAAGUUAUCUUCUUAUCGAGCAUGGCCAAACAUGCAUGAAAGUCGGUUUGCCCUCUACAAGUUGCCCAUGCGGGCUCCAACUGCUGACCAUGAGUAUGCUGGUUUAUGGGGAGGGACUUUUGGUUGGCCUCCUGGGAGGCCUACAGAAGACAAACCUGGUAAGGCUCUCUUCUUUCUACUGCUCUCUUAUGAGGAGUCCCAAGGGCAGCGGCAUCUUAUUGCAACCAAAAUAUUGGAAGGCACCCACUACGUUCUGCAUCCUAAUGGCUCAGCAAUGUUUAUAGUGAAUGUAGAUGAGCCUUCACCGGAUCCAUUUCCUUUCGAUUCCGAUGUAGAUUCUAUUCCUGUGAAUCUAAAGCAUGCUUUUAUGGGAGAGGGUAUUGCAAAUGGUUAUGGAUUCCGGUAUCCCGGUGCAAAGCCCGGUUCCCUCUUUGCAUUUCAAAAUGGUCUUCUUGCCUUCAUUUGGAAGGAAACCAGGGCAGUCUUGACCUUGCAGAGACUUGACUUGCAAGAGCUGCUGAAGAAGGGUGAACAAGUUCCUGCACUACCUCCAAUCGCCAACUUUUCAUAUUUGACUCGGUCAUACUCAAACGUGUUUGCAGGCUUCCCAAACAACUCAACUUGUUUGUCUUCACCAAGGACGAUUAGAGUCGGCUUUCCUUAAAGCUCCAUCACGGCUCAUCACUCACAAGACUUACAUUCUAUCUUGAUCUGUGUAGCCAUAGUUGAUGCAAGUUCACUUGGUAGGAUUGAAAUGCGAAGAUUCUUGACAAUUAAUGAGUUAAAGAGUGGUGUGUGAAAUUCGGAAUUUUAUUAGGGAACAUAAAAAGUUGUUACUGCUAAUAGUUACACAUAUAAGAUUUCUUAAUUCUGGUUUGAUGGUAAAUUUGAUUUUUGAUUUAUUUUUAUUUCUUUGGAACAAGUUUUGGGAAGCCGGCAACAGUUUUUGUAUCCAUUGAGAAACUGUUGACAAUUUAUUCGCGAUGUAGGUUAGAGUCUAUCAUUAAAGUAAAUAUUUCACUGCAAGGUGUUUUGUAAUCACGUUUCCUGAAUUUAUCAAGAAAUGAUGUCCAAUUAUUCUGUUCCCUAGAGGCACUUGUUCAAAUUUCUUUGAAAGUGCAGAAGGGUGCAGAAAGGCUCACAAGUUAAGAUGAUAUCCUGCGCAUAUGCACCAAUUCUCUAUUUUUCAGUCCUCUACUACAUCUCCUACCUCUGAUUACUUCCUAUCAUUUC